AUGUCAAUAACCACUAAUGAUUCGUUCUUACAAUGGGAUCCAGCACAAGUUUCUAAUUUCAUCAAUUCCAUAAGUUCAGAAGAUAAGUUGGGAACUUUAUUUCUAGAGAAUAAUAUUGAAGGUUCAUUAUUACCAUUUAUCACAACUGAUCAUUUGAAAGAGAUUGGAAUUGAAAGUUUGUGUUCCAGGUUGUCAAUCAAGAAGAAGAUAUCUGAAUUAAUAAAUUCCCAUUAUGAGAAGAAUCCACCCAAAUCAUUCAAUGAUCCCGAAUAUAAAUUGAAUAACAUCAAUAUCAAUAACAAUUAUAUCAAUUUUGAAAGUUUGAACUUAUCAACAGUAUUGAUGAAAGAUAUGAUCAAGAAGGUGACUAUAUCUUUACAACAUCACCAAUCACAAAGUUCAAGUCCAGUAGAGAAUCAACAAAUGGAUAUUAAGAAAUUAAAUGAUAAUUUUGUUAGAUUGAAAAGUGAUUUAAUACCCGUAAUAAGAUUAUUGAAAGAUUCCAAGCCUUUGCCUACACCAACCUUGGACCCUGGACAUGGAAACUUGGCUAAUUUGGAUUCUCCUACCUAUUCAAUUUCAAGUAGUCAUUCCACUAACAGUAAUACGUUGUUGGAUUCAUUACAAGAUGCUUUACAUACCAGUCAAUCCAAUUCGAAUAGAAAUUCCAAUCCUUUACCCAGUCCAACUCAAUCAAAUAGAUUUAGUAGUGGAUCAUUAUUAUCUUUAGGUACAGGUAAAAUAGCUCAAUCAAGUAAUGGGUCAACUACCAUGUUAAGCAAUGUCAAUAAUUCAAAUACCAAUACUAUUGAUUUGAAUAAUUAUACAAAUAAUUCAAACACCAGUUCCGGAAAUAUAGUUAAUCCUAAGUCAAGACCAAGAUUAAUCGAAAGUAAAUCAACAAGUUCAGCUGCAACUUAUUCACAACCUUCUAUGACACCAAAAGUGUCAAGAAAACAUUCAUCAUCUACUGGCUCAACAUCCUUAGGACAAUUACCAACCACAUCAUCCCAGUCUACUCAAAGUUUUGCUAAUGCUGAACCUUUGAAACAAUUAAGAGCUUCAACUGAUGAUUCUUGUUUGAAGAUUUUACAACAAGCUAUGAAAAGACAUCAUGUUCCAAGAGAUGAUUGGUCAAAAUAUGUUUUGGUUAUUUGUUAUGGUGAUAAAGAAAGGAUUCUAAAAUUAGCUGAAAAACCAGUACCAAUAUUUAAAGAAUUACAAGAGUUAGGUAAACAUCCUGCUAUUAUGUUAAGACAAUUAGCUGAAACUACAGUUGAAAAUAAUGAUAAUGAUUUAUAUGAAGAUUCCAGAAUUGGUGAUGAUAUCCCAGGAGGAACUUUAUAA